AUAUAUCUGGCGCCUAUGAGCCAUCUCUCCGAGGCAAAAUGUGCCGAAGACGACUGGGCGGGUAUCUCGGACUGGUCAACCCGUAAACGACGACAGAACCGCCUGAAUCAAAGAGCUUACAUAAAAGUUGCAUCGAAGACAAUAACGUUUGAUCCUUCUGAAUACUGUCCCCUCCCAUCUGAUCAUCUUCUCUCGUUGAUCAGAUACAACCUUUACCGAGCAGUCGCUGCGAACUCCUGGUCUCUGGGUAUCGAUCCCAGGCUUAUGCAUUCCGAUAUACCAUCACCAUUUAUAUCUGAUGAUCCAGCAAUCUCUAGCUUUUGUCUAUCAUUACCUCCCAGUCUUCGUCCCACUGCACUUCAAAGAAAUAUCCCACAUCAUCCUUACAUUGACCUCUUCCCUUUCCCACCGAUGCGGGACUUUCUUCUGCAAUUUGGAGAUUCUGUUGAUGAGGAUGUACUAUGUGCAGACUUUGCGGGCGAGAAUCUGCAUUCUGACUUUGGGGAGCAUACUGGACUUAUCGUUUGGGGCGAACCCUGGGAUCCACAUAGCUGGGAGAUCGCAGAACCUCUUUGGAAGAAAUGGUCUUGGGUGCUCAGAGGAUGCUCGGAAAUUUUAGAGGCCACUAAUUAUUGGCGGCAGCGGCGAGGGGAGCCACGUUUGGUGGAUAUCACAUAGACAGGGUUGAAGUAGGACAGC